AUGGGCCAGUCAAAGAUCCUAAUGAUGACAAUGAUUAACCUGUGGCAGUUGUUUCGACGGACUCUGCUACACGCUGGCACAGAAUCGGAAACGUUGAAGAAUCGCUUAGAGAGGCUGCAGAGGGCUGACUACGAAUUGAACUACACCCCAGGCAGCUCUUCGGAACAGAGUGCCAGCAACUACGCGUUUUCAGUGAAUGAAGAAUCGAUCAGAACUGCGCGGCGCAUUGGCUUCAUUCAACAUUUACCCGUUGAUCUCUUUGCAUCCGGCAAAAACACCGAGAAAGAGUAA